AGCUUCUUCGAAGCAAUGGUGGGAUCCUCGACAGGGAAAUGGGAGCUAAUAUGGCCAUUCUUCUUGAUUCUGAUCCUUCACUGUGUUGCAAUUCUCUUAUACACUCGAGGGUUUCUACUCACUCGAACUGAGCUUUCCUCUUUCAGCCACUGCUCCGAUGUCUCCCACUCUCCUUGUUUCCCUCGUCACUCAUCGGAUCUCUCCAAUUCUUCUUCUUCUCCAUCUCGAAAUCUUUCUAUGACGGAUCGAGUAGAGGCAGGUGAUAGAAAUGGGCGUUGCUGGACGCGACCUGCGGUCGAUCGUCUCGUGGUUAUAAUUCUUGAUGCUUUGAGGUUUGAUUUUGUUGCCCCCAGUACCUUUUUUGACGAAAAUAUGCCAUGGAUGGACAAGUUACAAGUGCUACAAAAGUUGGCUUCUGAUGAAGGAUCAUCGGCUCGGAUUUUCAAGGCUAUUGCAGAUCCACCUACAACUAGUUUGCAGCGUCUGAAGGGUUUGACAACUGGUGGACUCCCGACAUUUAUUGAUGUAGGAAAUAGCUUUGGGGCUCCAGCAAUUGUUGAAGAUAAUUUGAUAAAUCAGCUGGUUCAAAAUGGAAGGCGGGUUCUGAUGAUGGGGGACGACACCUGGUUGCAGUUGUUUCCCAAUCAUUUUGAAAAGUCUUAUCCUUUCCCAUCCUUUAAUGUCAAAGAUCUUCAUACUGUAGAUAAUGGUUGCAUAGAACACUUGUUCCCUUCUCUGUAUAGAGAUGAUUGGGAUGUUCUCAUUGCGCAUUUCCUUGGUGUGGAUCAUGCAGGGCACAUAUUUGGAGUUGAUUCUACUCCAAUGAUAGAGAAGUUGGAGCAAUACAAUGCCAUUUUAGAGAAAGUGAUAGAAGUGCUCAAGAAUCAGUCUGGACCUGGUGGUUUACAUGAAAAUACUUUUCUUCUUGUGAUGGGAGAUCAUGGCCAAACCUUAAAUGGUGAUCAUGGUGGAGGGGCUGUCGAAGAGGUUGAGACAUCACUUUUUGCAAUGAGCUUGAAGGAGCCUCCUGCUUCUGUGCCAUCCGAACUUGAUACGUCUACUUGCAAAUUAGAUCCUAAUGGAACAAAGACAUGUUUUAGCUCCAUCCAACAGCUUGAUUUUGCAGUGACAAUUGCGGCGCUACUUGGUGUUCCUUUUCCUUUUGGAAGCAUCGGCAGAGUUAAUCCUGAAUUAUAUGCUUUAAGUGCUGGCACAUGGAAUCAACCUACCAUUAAUGCAACAAAUUGGUCAAAUUUAGAAGAAUGGAUGCAAACAUAUGUUAAUGUUCUCUGCAUCAAUUCCUGGCAGGUCAAAAGAUAUAUUGAUGUAUAUUCAGCAUCAUCUGUUAUUGGGUUUCCAUCUGAAGAUUUGCUGCGAGUCGCUGAUAUCUAUGCUCAAGCUCAGGAUGAGUGGACUAAUAUUCUAAACAAUUCAUUCUUAUCUGGAAAUGAAAUCCAGGACAAAAGAUUUGAUACUUCAUUAUUUACUCUCCGAAAGCUAAUUGAUGCAUAUUCAGAAUUUCUAGAAAGUGUUGCUGAGCUUGCACGUUCCAAAUGGACUGAAUUUGAUUUAAAAAUGAUGGGUCUGGGUUUGGGCAUUUUCGUAUUUUCCCUUUUCAUCCAUUUUGUUGCCAUUAGGAGGGCAACAAAAUUACAUCAGGUUUCUUUUCCUUCAGUUGGAGAUUCUGGGAUUUCUUUUAGGUCCAUCUUUGCUCUUUCUGUGGUGGCAAUACGUGCAUGCAGCGUCCUUUCUAAUAGUUACAUUUUGGCAGAAGGAAAAGUGGCAAACUUUCUUUUGGUCACUACUGUUUUUCUUAAUUUACGAUACUCAGUCAAGAAGAAGAAGAUGUUGAUGGAAGUAGUUGUGUUUCUUCUUUUAAUCUCCAUUCUCAGAUUCACCGUUGAAAUUGGGCUGUCAAAGAAUGCUGUUAGCACAGUGUUUAUGAAGGGGAUUUUUGGUGGUCAAAUCACUUUGAUUUUUAUUGCAGAGAUUAUGCCAAUGCUAACUCUUAUUCUAUUGGGAUAUUUACUAUAUAAGACCAUUAAUGGCAACUCUUGUUGGAGGAUUUUGAGUUAUCUCCUUAUCACCGGAACUUUGAUAAGCUAUGUUUUUGUAGCAUUGCAUUGGACUUUAGAAAGUGACAUGUUUGCAAAGCAACUGGUGUUCAAAGGCAUUGGGAGGAACUUUGCUCCACAAGUAAUUUAUGCUAUUGGAUUUGGACUGCUAAUAUUAUUGGUCUUUGCUCAAGCGUUCAUGCCAAAAGAGGAUGCUAUGAAUUAUGGAGGAAUCCUAGUUAGUAAAACAGUAGCCAUGUUAUCUGUAUGGAGUUCAACAAUUAUAAUCCUACUCGGAAGACAAGGUCCUUUGGUUUCUUUGGGAUCCAUAAUUGGAGGAUGGUGCAUAAUAAGGUUGCAUAAUUCAGAGCUGGAUCAAAAUCAUGGUAAUGUUGGAGCUUUAACCACCAAUCCUCUUCCUGUUACACAAUGGAAUCUUCUAGCUGUGUGUCUGUUUUUCUCCAGUGGCCAUUGGUGUGCUUUCGAUGGUCUUCGGUAUGGGGCUGCAUUUAUUGGGUUUGAUGAGUUCAUCCUUGUUCGUCAAGCAAUCCUCCUCGCAAUUGACACAUUUGGUGUUUCUCACAUCCUUCCCAUUUUUGGCCUCCCAUUCCUUGUCUCACUCCAAUAUCCAUGUUUCCAGAGUAAACAAGCAAAGAGAAUCCUUCUUGUGAAAUUGCUGCAGGUAUUUUUGAUAUAUGGGCUCAUUACAGCAAUGACAACUAUGUUCACUAUAAUAUGUGUCACAAUUCAAAGGCGACAUUUGAUGGUGUGGGGUUUAUUUGCUCCAAAAUAUGUUUUUGAUGUCAUUGGCCUUAUUCUAACAGAUGUUUUAAUUUGUUUGGCAUCUCUCUACUACUUUUGUCAAAUCGAAGAUGACACGACUCAAGAUAGGGUCAUGAAAAAAUGUUCCUCUUCAGAAAAGGGUUUAUAGGUUAUUGGAAUAG